UCGUGCACGCUGGCCGUCUACGAACUUCGCGGAGGUUUCAAGUUUUAAAAAUAAACUUUUAGUUUCAGUGUUCGAUUUUUUUUUACAUUAGGUGUACCUAAUGUAAUAGCAGUUUGUUUUUGUGUGAUAUUUAAUUUUGAAAUUAAAGUUUUCAGUUUGAUUUUUGAAGAUAAAGUUUUCAGUUUUUGAUGGUGUUCGAAAAAAUCUUCAAUAGAAUUUGUUUGGAAGACUUAAGGCAUUGAAAAUGUAAAAACAACAAAAUGACUCACAGAUUUGCAAGAAUCGUUACUAUUUUAAUUUUAAGUCAUUGUUUUAAGGCGCAAAGAAAUGAAACGAUUAUAAAAGAUAUAGAUAGUUUAACAGAAAUUGUAGUUGAUAGUGUUAUUAAUGACACGAGUUUAAUAAGACUAGAAGAUAUUAGUUAUAUAAGAAAGAGAAAUGUAAAUACAAGUAAUUUUCUUAAUGAAGCAAAAAGUACUCAACGCGAUGAAAGCCUUAAGGACACUACAGCCAACGUAAAUGAAGAUAUAUUUACACAUAAUGAGGAGACAACAGAAUAUUAUGAUCCUUCCAAUUAUACUGAAGAGCCCUGUGUUGGUGAUCCUGAAUUUUGUAAUAUGACAAGAGAAGAUUACUUUGAAAUGUUAAAUGAUUAUAUCUAUCCACAGCCUUACGAAUGGGUAUUAAUAGUAACACAUGCAAUAGUGUUUGUGAUUGGUUUAAUAGGCAAUGCCUUAGUGUGUGUAGCUGUAUAUAGGAACCACUCCAUGCGAACAGUGACUAACUAUUUUAUAGUGAACCUAGCAGUGGCAGACUUCAUGGUGAUUUUAAUCUGUUUGCCGCCCACAGUGCUUUGGGAUGUGACCGAGACAUGGUUCUUUGGGACAGCUAUGUGCAGAAUUGUGCUGUACUUUCAGUCAGUGUCCGUGACGGUGUCAGUUCUCACACUCACCUUCAUCUCAGUGGAUCGCUGGUACGCAAUCUGCUUCCCGCUGAAGUUCAAAUCUACCACCAGUCGAGCGAAGACAGCCAUACUUAUAAUAUGGGUGUUGUCACUACUGUUCAAUGUCCCAGAAUUCGUUGUUCUACAAGUCCAAAGAAGAAUGCAACUGCGAUUCGACGCUCAAUACUUCAUGCAGUGCACAUCUACAUGGUCUGACGAGAGUGAUCUCAAGUGGCAUAUCAUAAAGGCACUUUUUCUCUAUACGUUCCCGCUUUUCCUGAUGAUGAUCGCUUACUGUCAGAUCGUGAGAGUACUGUGGCGGUCGGACAACAUUCCCGGACACACCGAGUCCCACACGCUAUAUCCUUCAGGAGGCACCUCUAAUUGGUUGGCAGCCAACAGACGUACAACUCCGUCAAUUCACACGAACGCAUCCACUGAAGGACAACUACGGUCCAGACGGAAGGCAGCCAAGAUGCUGGUCGCUGUCGUCAUCAUGUUCGCUGUCUGCUACUUUCCUGUGCAUCUACUGUCAGUUCUGAGGGUUGCCUACGAUGUGCAGCAGAGUGACAUAAUGACGUGUAUCGCGUUGAUAUCUCACGUCAUGUGUUACGCCAACUCAGCUGUCAACCCGCUGAUAUACAACUUCAUGAGUGGAAAAUUUAGACGGGAAUUUCAUCGUUCAUACUUCAAAUGCUUAUGCUGUUGUCACGGCAAUCUGCCCGAACAGAAUGGCACUUUUGCUCCCAUUGGCAGCUCCAGAACAAAUACCACCAGGACUAUUGUAAGAAGGAAUGAUUCCUGCGCCAGUUACAGGCUUACUCACCUAUCUCCGUCAAACCACAACAGCAGACAUCGGGAUAUCAGAAGUACUAAUACCUCUUUUAUUGAGAAUGGCAACCGAAGGAUGAAAGUAAGAGAUGAUUCUAUAAGUGAAUCAACUAGGUUUACAACAGCUACUGAUGUAAGAGAUUGACGUUUAGAUGACAAGAGGAUUCUUGGAAGAAGAGAUGAUAGAUGUGAAUGUUUUAGAGACAGUAGGAGAAGCGUAAAGUUUGAAAGAGAUGCUGAUGAACGAUAUAGUGAUACGUACGCAGAUUACCGUGAUGAUAAGGAGUUUGGUGAUUACGAUAAAAACGGGUAUAAGUUUAAGUUCAAUCGUAGUUUAAAUAAUCAAGUUAAGAAUAAAAGAAAUAAUGUAUUUUAAAAUGUUAAUU